CCUUCGCAUCUGAAUCAAACCAACCAACCGAUCAAACUCUUUUCGAAGCAGAGUCAUAGCGAUGGCCAAGUUUGUCUGUGUUCUGGUUCUAGCAUUCCUCGCCAUUUCCAUGAUCGCAGCCCAGGCUAUGGCCAAAGAUGCGGCUCAGUAUCAGCUAGACAGUGGGAAUUACGGACCUGGGAGCCUAAAGUCCUAUCAGUGCCCAUCACAAUGCACGAGAAGAUGUAGCCAAACACAGUACAGGAAACCAUGUAUGUUCUUCUGCCAAAAGUGCUGUGCCAAGUGCCUCUGUGUUCCACCGGGCUACUAUGGCAACAAGGCCGUGUGUCCCUGCUACAAUAACUGGAAGACCAAGCGUGGAGGACCCAAAUGUCCUUGAAAAGGAACCCAAAUUCAAUCUUUAUUUCUGGGUUUCAUCUGUAGAACCAUAUUAAUGAGCUCAUUAGAAGCAUUGGGGUUAAAAUCAGUAAAUGAGGGGUUACCAACGACUAGUUAAUUUACUGUCAUUGUUAAUGUUCCUCUCAUCCAUUUCUUUUUAACUACGAAGGGUAUCUCUGCCGCUCAAUUAUAUCUUAAUGUGUUGUAGAAUACUGAUAUUUAUUGUAAUUUUUGAAGCAAGGCAAUGAUGAACCAUUGGACUUUGUUUCAGAGGCUGUUUUGAUUUCCAUUCAUAAAAUCGGUGAUUGGGUUUA